GAUGACUAUAAGAUUCUUAAGAUUGACAACAAUGGAAGUUCCACACCACUCAAUAAAAUCUUUGCCCUAAAGAGUGGUUGUUUGAGAAAUAUUGAUAACCAUCCUCGUGGCUUUGUCAAUAGUGUGUGCGGUGAAAACUCUUUGGCGUUUGUUCGUGGUGCAUUUCAUUGGAUCUGCAAGGAUAAUUUAUCCAAGUAUUUUAUGAUUUCACUUAAUAUAUCAAAUGAGGUGUACGGGGAGAUAUCGUUGCCGGAGGGAAUAUGCAAUAUUCCCAACAGUCGGAUAUGCUUAAAGCGUGGCAUUUCCGUAUUACAAGGAAUGCUUUGUGCUUAUUGUGCUCGCCCAUCGCCAAGAGGCUGCACUUUUAAGUUAUGGGUAAUGAAACUAUGGUGUCAAGGAAUCUUGGACUGAAUUAUUUAACAUACGAGAGCCCGAUGUAUAUUUUGUCGUACCGAAGUAUUGAUUUGCAGAUGGUGAAGUGCUACUCUACGUCAGUAUGUACCAAAAUCAGCGGUUAAAUCAGGGGUUUAGGACAUCCGAUCGACCAUAUGAAUGGUUGUUUGUAUAUCCUGGCUAUCUACAAGGAUUCGUUUAUACGGAAAAUUUGAUCUCCCCAAAAUUACUUAUUUAGCAUUAGCUAAUGUUUGAUGAAGUUACCCUUUUUUUUCCUUGUAAAAAAAAAAGAAAAAGAAUACUCUGAUUUCAAUGUAGCACUAGAAAUUGAAAUUACCUACGAAUCUCAUUGCUAAAUUGCUCGUAACAAAUAAUUACCAAAGGUAGGGGUGGUUAUAAGCUAAGUGUCUCUCCAUUCUUAGUUAGAGAUUUCAAUCCGAGUUUAGAAAAUAGAAUUGUCUUUAGUAAGAAGUAUUUCAUUCAAAAAAUAAAUUUUCUAACGUAAAUCUGAAUGCUUUUGUUGAGAGAUAAUCUAAUCCAAGCACUUAAACAUCUACUUAAUAGCUUAAGUCUCAAAGUAAUUAAGUUAGUUAAAGUUAGUUAUGAGUCACAAAGUUAGUUAUACCCACUAGUACUUAGAUCAUCUAGUUGAUAGGAGUUAGUUACUGCUAUAUAUUAUCACCUGUACAUUUUGAAGACACAUCAAUGAAUAAUACGCUAACUAGACUCAACAUUUUCUUCUCUUUUCUUUCUAUUUCUUCAACUGCUUCUUUUCUUCUCUGAGGUAGUUAGAUUCUCUGUGAAGUGUUCAAGAUCACAACUAUGACCUUGUGGUAUUUAUCGUGGUAUCAGAGCCAUUACUGAAUUUAAUUCAAUGUUUUAACGAUCCAAGAAGUUUUCACGAUUGUUGUUCCUGUUUCUAGUUUUAUUUGAAUCAAGAAUCACUGCAAUUUUCUCGGCAACUCUACAAUUUUCUCCGAAGAUCAUUUCUCUGUUUCUGCAUCUAUUCAUACUUCAUGGCUACAAUUGGACUUAGAGGAAUUCCUUCUGAUAUUGGAACUAAUACUAUACCUGCUGGACAAGGAAUCAAUACAACAAUUGAUCAGAAUCACCCUUUGUUCCUAUCUUCUAGUGAUGGAUGUUACAUUCAAAGAAGACAUAUUCCCCUUCAACUAUGUAGAUAUGCAGACAAACUCAUAAAGAUUGUUACCUCACCUGAUCCUCAUUAUAGACAGCCAGACGUGAAGCCUCUUGUGAUUGCAUCUCAGACUCCUAACAUGGAGUUCACUCAAGUACAAGGAUGGGAGAAGCACCACAUGGUUCAACAGCCUACACCUGAAUUAGAUGAACCUACUCUAUAGCCUUAUUAUGCUCCUCAUCUACACAAUGCAACCCCGUCUACCUUUAUUCCAACUAGAAAAUCUGCGAGAACCUCACAUCCACCAAGUUGGAUGAAAGAUUUUGUUUCUUUGAAUGAUCAUGAUAAUAUUCCUUCUGCACUAUUUAACUAAAUUUCCUAUGAUGGUUUAACACCUAGAUAGUAAAGUUA